AAUUUUUCGAAAAUCUAGUCGGCUCAAAACAACUGUACAAAAUAUUACUUACAUUUUGUUUUCCAACAACAAAUUUAAUUAAAAAAAUGCGCCUGCAUUUAAUCGUGCUCUCCAUAUUGCUGUUCACGUGUGCGUCGUCUAAAAAUAGCGUGAAAUCUCUAACGGAGUCCAUGGGACAGGAGGUGAUCGAAAUUGGUUCUCCCAUCAAAGAACUACCAGCAGAUAUAGAAGAGGAGCCGUCAGCCGAGUUGGAUGGUGAUGAAAAGACCACCAUCACCACUCAAACAACCACCAGGAAGAUCACAGCGAAAACAACUAACCUACCAGAUACCCGAAGGAAAGACAAGGAAAUCGAUAAAAAGGACAGUUUGAAGCCUGAAGAUGAAGAGGCGAGGAUCGAGAAGGAACUAGCUGAAAUUUAUAAAGACAAUAUUGAUUACAAGGAUAGUUCGGAGUCAGUGAAGGAAAUGACAACGACAUCUGAAGAGGUUGCCUACCCGGCGCUGAGGCAACGCACGGGAAAAGACUUCAAGUUCCAACCGGACGUCACGAAUAAAGCCGCCAUAGAAAAGUUCAGAACCUCAGUUGAUGACAUCAGCUGCGGGAAACUCAACAAGCUAACAGUCACGGAGUCCACAAAUUCUGGAAGUCAGCUUCAAGUUUCAUCACUUAAAUUCGGUUUUACCUUACUUAUUGUAGCUAAUUUCAAAUCUUUUGUGAACCAUUGAACUUUUACAAAGAGAAAUGUAAAAUUUUUGUGUAAAAUAAAGUUUC